AUGAAUACCGCUAAGAAACUUAGCCUUAUGAGCGACCCGUACAAGGGCGAUGAUGAUGUUGAGGAAAUUGAGAACGUCAAAGCCAAUAACAUCAAUAUUCAGACUGAACUCAGUAGCAUUGAGUCAACGGCUGCCUCCAAGGCUGCCUGGUUGAUCUCCGUGGUUGUCUCAAUAGGCGGGUUUUUAUUCGGAUAUGAUACGGGAUACAUAUCGUCUGUCCUGGUUACCAUCGGCACAUCCCUCGGUCAUGUAUUGAGCACGAACGAACAAGAAAUGGUGACAUCUUUGACAAGCGGUGGUGCCUUGGUAGGAGCGGUAGGAGCUGGUCUCACUGCUGAUAAAUUUGGUCGUCGCUGGCCAAUAUGGGGAUCUUGCUUCUUGUUUGUCAUAGGCUCAGUACUGCAGACCUGUGCCUACUCCGUUGGUCAAUUUGCUGCUGGGAGAUUUGUGGUCGGCCUUGGGGUAGGAGGCGCUGCUAUGAUUGUUCCUCUGUACAUUGGAGAGCUGGCUCCUGCAAAGUACCGUGGCCGGAUGGUGGCGUUCAACAACAUGAGCGUCACGUUCGGCCAGCUAGUUGCCAGCGCGAUCGGCGCGGGUUUCGCCGAGAUACAUGGAGAGGGAUGGCGAGCUACCGUGGGUAUCGGUGCUGCCCCAGCUAUUCUACUCGCUGGACUCCUGGUCACCUGCCCAGAGUCCCCUCGUCAGCUUGUCUCUCACGGCAAAUUCGAUGAAGCACAUACAGUCCUCUUGCGCAUCUAUCCCACGUCUACUGUUGAACAACGUCAAGCAAAAAUCACUUCCAUCGAACUUUCUCUUCAAGAGACUUCCCAGGACGUUUCAGAAGAGUCUUUAUGGACCACUCUUAAAAGGGUAUUCAACACUCCGGCGACUGCUCGUGCCGUCAUAACGGCUUGUGUUGUGAUGGCAAUCAGCCAGCUCGGUGGCUUCAAUACCUUAAUGUACUAUGCCUCGACAUUAUUCUCCAUGGUUGGAUUCACCAACUCUACCGCUGUUGGCAUCACAGUCUCAGGCACGAAUUUCGUCUUCUCCAUCGUGAACCUGUUCCUUGUUGAUCGAUUUGGCCGCCGAAUUAUCCUCACCAUCACUGUACUGGGUAUGUCAAUCUGCAUGAUCGUAGCCGUCAUCGCGUUUAUGUAUAUCCCCGUGAAUCUGCAGACACUGAAAGUGGAAACCGCCGAGAUCGGCUGGCCCGGUGAUCUGGUUUUGGUAGCGAUUAUAUGCUACGUUGCCUGCUAUUCGUCCGGCGUCGCUACAAUCGCUUGGAUUGGCAUGGAACUAAUCCCAUUGGAGGUUCGAGCGGUGGGCACCAUGCUUAACACUGUUACUUGCUGGGGCUGUAAUAUUAUCAUCUCUUCGACAUACCUUUCUAUGAUGAAAAGCUUGACACCAAGUGGGACCUUUGGAUUCUAUGCUGCGGUUUGCUUCUUUGGCUGGAUAUUUGUUGUUUUCUUUUAUCCCGAGUGCAAGGGUAUGCCUCUUGAAGCUGUGCGCGAAGUUUUUAGUAAAGGCUUUGGAGUCCGGUACUCGAAGCAGUGGCAGAAGGACCAUAAACAUGACGCAAAGGUGGAGACUAUCGUCAUGGGGCAUUAA